UUUCUAUCCAAAUGAAUAUAUGAGCCAUAAUUAUUGCCGUUCAACAAGUCUGAACCUCUACGAGUAUAACAAACAGAUAAGCAAUGCAACAUUUCACAUAUUUUUUAAUGCUACAGAAUGGAAAUUUGGCCCUUGGUGUUAUGUGAAUAAAGAAGUAAUUUUGCCAUUUUUAAUUUGCGUAUUUUCGGUGACGGAAAUUUAUAAUUAA